ACCAGUGUAUUAACACGACACUUAUUCUGAUCUGAUAACGGACUUCUAAAUGAACUGAUUUUUUUUUCUCGAGUGCAGCAUGUCUAGACGUAAAUAAUUGUCCGCAUAUUAGUGGAAAUGAGGUAAAUAUUCAUGGAUUAAUCUACAAAUCACACAUUGCAGCAUACAGGAUGUCAGGAAACAUGCCUCUUCUGUCAGUGAAUACCACAAGCAUUUGGGAAAAUUCUUCUGUGCUGAAUGCCACCCCUCACUUUCCUUCUGACUGGGAGACGCCCACAUUCACUGUGGCCGCCCAUUUUCGUGUGGUGGCUACCCUGGUGCUCUUUGUCUUUGCAGCUAUCAGUAACCUCUCAGUGCUCAUCAGUGUGACCAGGGGAAGAGGACGCCACCUGGCCUCCCACCUGCGCCCUCUCAUUGGCAGCCUGGCCUCCGCUGACCUGGUUAUGACUUUUGUGGUGAUGCCACUCGAUGCUAUAUGGAAUAUCACAGUGCAGUGGUAUGCCGGCGAUGCCAUGUGCAAGAUCCUCUGCUUCCUCAAGCUUUUUGCCAUGCAUUCGGCAGCAUUCAUCCUGGUGGUUGUGAGUCUAGACAGGCACCAUGCAAUCCUGCAUCCGCUGGAAGCUCUGGACGCUGGCCGUAGGAACAGGAGGAUGCUGCUGGCUGCCUGGAUCCUCAGCAUCCUGCUUGCCUCUCCACAGUUAUUUAUUUUCAGGGCAAUUAAGGCUGAAGGAGUUGACUUUGUACAGUGUGUAACUCAUGGAAGCUUCCGGCAGCGCUGGCAGGAAACAGCCUACAACAUGUUCCACUUUGUCACCCUGUAUGUGUUCCCUCUACUGGUAAUGGGCUUCUGCUAUACGCAUAUCCUCGUGGAAAUCAACCGCCAGAUGCCUCAUGGUAAAGGGAAGGGGGGGGAACCUUGUCUGAGACGCAGUGGAACCAACAUGAUUCCCAAAGCACGCAUGAAGACCCUGAAGAUGACGAUCAUCAUUGUGGCAUCAUUUGUGGUGUGCUGGACGCCGUACUAUCUGCUUGGCAUUUGGUACUGGUUCCAGCCUCGUAUGCUGCAGUCGAUGCCAGAAUACAUCCAUCAUGCUCUCUUCGUCUUCGGCAACCUCAACACAUGCUGCGAUCCGGUCAUCUAUGGUUUCUUCACACCUUCGUUCCGAGCGGAUAUAGCCAGCUGCUUCUGCAGAAGGAAUCUAAACUCUUCGCCCAAAUCACUGGACCGACUCUCCGUAAGGAGAGGGGGUGCAAGCGGAGAAGCCGAGUCGGACCUUGGAAGUGGUGACCAGCCCAGCGGACAACAAGCAUAGGUCAAGGCACCUCAAAGAGCUAGGGAUACUAUUUUGGGUGUGGAUUUGCCCUGUAAACAUGAAAUACAGAACUUUCAUUCUGUGUCCAGACAUCUACAUGUAAAUGCUGCAGAUGGUGUCUUGGUAUUUAUAGUAUAAGCAAGUAACUGUUUGCUUAGCGGUUUGAAUCCACUUGAACAUGGAACAGCACCAGUAUCACAUUCUGGAAAGAUGUAACUACAGGUAAAUAUUAAUGUUAAGGUCCAAAUGACAGCACAAUGCUUCAGGCAAUAACUUGAACAUGAGAUGUUUGCCUGUCUGGAGCAGGGUUAUAAAUAUACAGUGCUUCAUAUAACAGCUUACGUGUUUGGAAUCAGUUAACGAGGAUCUCAAAUUAAUUAUCUUCGAGUUCAGAGAGACAACCCCAGCUAAAAGCUUCUCUGACACUUUGCUUAUCUAACAUUUCCACUCUGCACUCUGAUUAGGAAUGUCACUUAAUGUUUUACAAUGGCCUUAGCACAUGAAUCAUUCGUUUCAAUGAAAUGCUUUUGUAAAUGUUUAGGUUUUCACACUGUUUAUCUGUGGAAUCACCAUAGAUUCGAUAGAGAGAGGAAUUCAUCCAGUCGUGUUUUCAGUGUAUUGUGUGAUGAUGAUCAUAUGCAUGAUUUGCCAUCUUUGUGGUGUGUGCUUGUGUUUAAAAAUUAAUGUGGAUGGACAAUCCAGAC